AUGGAUUGCCCACUCAUAUUUCUAUCUACACUACUUUUAAUCUUGACUCAUAAGGCCGAUAGUACGAACUGGGAUUACAGCAAGCACGGACCUCAUGUUUGGAGUGAAACACAUCCGAAGUGUGCUGGACAUAAUCAAUCGCCAAUUAAUAUUCAAACAGCGUGUACAGUUUAUCGAAAUUUCAAACCAUUUCAUUUUACACCUGAUCACAGUAAACAAGUCAAGUUCACACUCAAAAAUAACGGACAUACAAUAACAGCAGAACCUGAUGGUCCUGUAACACUCUCACUGACUGGUGGAAAUUUAAUUGGAAAAUUUGAUUUUAAAGGUUUUCAUCUUCAUUGGGGACCAAAUCACAAUACUGGCAGCGAACAUCAGGUGUAA